AUGGCGGCUUCCUUCUCCAAGAAGAAGUGCGGUGUUCUCGGUGCCACCGGCUCUGUCGGUCAGCGAUUUAUCCUCCUUCUCGCCGAUCACCCUUUCCUAGAGCUCCACGCUCUCGGUGCCUCGGAGCGCUCCGCGGGCAAGAAGUACAAGGACGCUGUGCGAUGGAAGCAGUCCUCUCCUAUGUCGGAAAGGCUCAGCAACCUUGUUGUGCGUUCCUGCAGAGCCCAGGACUUUGCGGACUGUGACCUUGUCUUCUCCGGCCUGAACAGUGACAUCGCUGGCGAGACUGAGAUGGAAUUCAUCAAGGCAGAGAUCCCCGUCUUCUCCAAUGCAAAGAACUAUCGCAAAGACCCCAUCGUUCCCUUGGUCGUCCCCACCGUUAACCCUGACCACAUGGACCUCAUCCCUCAUCAGCGCAAGCACUUCGGCCUCAAGAAGGGUUUCCUGGUUUGCAACUCCAAUUGCGCCGUCAUUGGUGUCGUUAUUCCCUUUGCCGCUCUGCAGGCUAAGUUUGGCCCCGUCGAGGAGGUCGAGGUCUUCACUGAGCAGGCUGUCUCCGGAGCUGGAUACCCCGGUGUGCCUAGCAUGGACAUUGUUGACAACGUCAUCCCAUACAUCAGUGGUGAGGAGGACAAGCUUGAGAACGAGGCCCAGAAGAUCUUGGGUGGUCUGAACGCCGAUGCUACCGGUUUCAAUGAGCAGGCUGGCCUGCGCAUCGGGGCCACUUGCACUCGUGUUGGUGUCACUGACGGUCACAUGGCGUUUGUCUCAUUGCGUUUCAAGAACCGCUCUGUCCCUAGCGCAGAGCAGGUCAUUGCGGCCCUGCGUGAAUAUAAGUCCGAGGCACAGAAACUUGGUGCCCCCUCAGCACCUGAAGAGUCGAUCAAGGUGUUCGACGAGCCUGAUCGUCCCCAGCCUCGACUGGACCGUGACAUCUCUGGUGGAUACACCGUCAGCGUUGGACGCGUCCGCGAGGGAGCCCAGGGUGGCUUCUUUGACAUUCGUUUUGCCGCGCUCUCGCAUAACACAGUGAUUGGCGCUGCGGGAUCUUCGAUCCUGAACGCCGAAGUCGCCGUUAUCAAGGGUUACAUCUAA